GAAAACCCUUGUUUUGGUCUACGGUUUAAGGUUAGAAGCCGCUGCCGAGGACGAAAAUAGGAAAGACAAAAAAUACGAUAAAAUUACGCAUCUGGAACGGUUUGCGAGUAUCAAGGACGAAGAAGCGUGAACGCAGAGUUUCCACCGGCCCCCUAAAGUAUGGCUGCAGGCGAAGCACAACUGCUCUACGAACUCCGGAACGUGGGGUAUGAGGGGCCCUUUUUGGACCAGAACUACGCUUCCACCGCUAUCCUGGCCGGUACGCAGAGUGGGGAAUUCCAGGACGUGGUGAUAUGGCUCACCGAGGAGAUCCGGGUGCUGGGUAAGCUCGAUGAGCGCAUCUGCAAGAGCGAGGACUCCAGCACCUUCAUCCUGGAGCUGUCCGGCUUUCUGAAGGAACUGCUGUGUCCGUACACGAGCCUCACGUCCGGUCACGUCACGGAUCGAUUGCAAACGCUCGAGGCCAAGCUGCUGCUGCUGGACUACCUCGUGAACGAGCUGAUGGCGCUGAAGAUGCUGGAAGCGUUGAAACCGACAGCCAAGUCCAACGUUAUCACGCUGCAUGAGUCACCGACGGCGGCGGCACUGAAAGAUAUCUGCAUCACGCUCGGUAUGGGCAAACCGCCGAACAACGUGCCACCGAAGAUGCUGUUCGAGAAGAUCAACUCGCACCUGGACGAUGUGCUGCGUUCCGAGGGCGAUAAUCGACUUAGCAAGCCACUGUUCUGUCCCAAGCAACGGCUGACCGCAGAGCAGUGGGCCAAGCUGGAGCGGGUGCAGCGUGAACUGGACGAUGAGUACGAUUUGCGACGCAAGAUGCUGCUCACGCGGUUGGACGUGACGAUUCAGAGCUUCAAGUGGUCGGCCCGUGUCAAGGAUAAGGAGGGCACGAUCGCGGAACGCUACGGCGAGAAGCGAAAGAUUCUGGAUUCCUUGCAGGCAGGUGGUCGGGAUACGGAUAUCGCGGCCUUGUUAGGGGCGCGCGAAACACUGGCCAUCAUAGAGAAGACGAGCAGCGCGGGAGUGAGAAAGAACACGAAGAGCAAAAUUCAACGGCACAUCAUUGGCAUGGUCCCGGAUCGGGGUGGUCGCGCGUAUGAGCAUAAGGCGCCCGCACUGGAGAUGCCAUCCUGGCAGACGCAACGCAACACUGGAGGCGGUGGAGGCGGCCGAGGAGGUGGUGGUCGGGGUGGCUUUGGAGGAAAGGGUCGUGGCGGAGCUAGUGGUACUGAUGGCGGAGGCUUUAAUCAACAGCAGCAGCAGCAGCAACAUUAUUCCAACAAAGGAUUCAAUCAAGGCGGUGGUGGCCAAGGUUAUCAAGGCCAAGGACAAGGAAACAGACGAGGAAGCGGUGGUGGAUUCCACAAUCAGCAAGGAAACAACGGCGCUGGUGGUGCCGGCGGUGGCUUCAACCAGGGUGGGGGUGGCUACAAUCACAAUCGUGGAAGCCGUGUGCAGGGUGGCUGGACACAACCCCAACAAGAUUACAACCACAGCGGUUAUUCCUCAAACUCAAGCCGCAGCAGCUACAGCGGCAACGAACAGCAGCAUCACCAGCAGCAGCAGCAGCAUUAUGGUAACAAUCGUGGAAACUAUGGAGGCGGUGGCGGUGGCUAUGGUGAUCGAGGAUAUAGCGACAACCGCAACAGUUUCGAUAAUAACGAUUACAACAAUCGUGGUGGUGGUGGUGGCGGUGGUGGCGGCGGCGGC